UUGGGCGCGCUGUUUUUGCCGCGCUCCAGGGAAGUUAGUUCCAGUUUAUGGUAGGUUUCUAUCUGAGCCCCGGUUCUAAAGAAGAAAGAUGCCCCGUUUGAUCAACUCUAUCGUUGCUGUUUGUCCGAACAUGGGUAUCGGCAAAGACGGAAACUUCCCCUGGCAUCCGAUUAGAUUGAACAAAGAACUCAAGCAUUUCCAGAAGAUGACCACCACACCUACAGUAGAAGGGAAACGCAAUGCUGUCAUCAUGGGACGGAAAACCUGGUUCUCUAUCCCUGAGAAAUACAGGCCCCUUAAAGACCGGAUGAAUAUUGUACUGAGCAGAGAACUUAAGGAGCUACCAAAAGGAGCAAAUUACCUGGCACAUGAUCUGGAGUCAGCAUUGGCUUAUCUGGAUUCACCAGAGAUGCAGGACAAAGUGGAUCUUGUAUGGAUAAUAGGUGGCAGCAGCCUCUACAAGGAGGCCAUGGAAAGUCCAAUGUCACAUCGUCUUUUUAUGACUCGUGUCCUUCAAGACUUUGAGAGUGAUACCUUCAUACCGGAGAUCAAUUUAAAUAAGUUCAAACUCCUUCCUAAAUUCCCUGAUGUUCCUACUGAUGUUCAGGAAGACAAUGGGAUUCAGUAUAAAUUUGAGGUUUAUGAAAGGAUCACCCAAGCAUAGCUUAAAGAAAUGCUGCACAUGGGUGGAUUUGUGUUGCGUUUCCGAAAUUUGUAAUGCUCUUAUCACGUGAUUUAACCUUUAGAAAUGGAAUGUGUUUAUAAAUAAAAAUCAUUGUUAGAAUCUUAAA